CUGGCGGUCAAGGGCUACCCCACCACCGCCGGAAGCAAGAUCCUGGCGGACUGGAAGCCCGACUUCGACGCCACCGUGGUCGCAAGGCUACGGGAAGCCGGGGCGAUCGUCCUGGGCAAGAACAACAUGCACGAGUGGGCCGGCGGCGGCACCACCAUGAACCCUUACUUCGGCACCACCUACAACCCGUGGGACACCACACGGGUGCCCGGAGGGUCCAGCGGCGGCUCGGCCGCGGCGGUGGCCGCCGACCUGUGCCUGAUCUCCAUCGGCACCGACAACGCCGGCUCGGUACGGAACCCCGCCGCCUGGUGCGGCACCGUGGGCCUCAAGGCCACCUACGGCCGGGUGAGCCGUUUCGGCGGCGUCGCCGGCACCGGCGGCUUCUCGUCCGACCACUUCGGCCCCUUCACCAAGACCGUGGAGGACUGCGCCCUGACCGCCACAAGCCGGUGCGAGAACCUCGUGGCCCACGAGCCCUACCUGCGCAAGCAGCCCCGGGACUACAGCCCCGAGCUGCUGUACCGGAACAUCGCCUCCCUCACCGUCCCCGCGUCGAGCUACGUCACCUCUCAACGCGUGCGGCGCGUCAUCUGCCGCGAGUUCGAGGAAGCCCUCCAGGACGUGCAAGUGAUCGUCGCUCCCACCGUCGGCAUCGCCGCGCCCACCAUCGAAGAGUGCAAGCAGGGCUUCGCCGAAAUCGACGGCCGCCGCAUCCCGUUCCGCCACCCCAGCGGCAGCAUCGGCACCCGCUGCACCAUCCCCUUCAACGUCACCGGCCACCCGGCCCUGAGCGUGUGCUGCGGGUUUACCGCUGACGGGCUGCCCAUCGGCUUGCAGAUUGUGGGUUCAUGUUUCGAGGAAAGCCGGGUGUUUCAGGUCGCCCACGCCUAUGAGCAGGCGGCGGGGUUGUAUGGGAGGAAGCCGGGGGUGGCGUAG